AUGGCAGACAAUGGCAUUGUGACUCUUCGUGCAAGUAGACAAACGAUAACGAGGGACGGUAGAGCAGUCGAUUUCGAAUACCCUAGAAUUCAGCUAUCUACAAACGAUGAGCCCAUGGAGAAGCGCAACAAAGAUAGCAAACACAUCCUCAUUUUGGGCGGUGGCGUCAGCGCAUUGACCGUCGCUUGGAUACUUCUUGAUUCCGGAUACCGAGUCACACUCGUGGCGGAACAGUGGGCGUGGACAAAAGAUUUCGGGAAGUCUCGCAUCACCUCACAAAUUGCGGGGGCGCUGUGGGAGUACCCUCCAGGCGGCUGUGGGUUGACCGAGAUUGUAUCUGCGGGUAAAGGAUGGUCCACCCUAGAACACUACCAAGAAUGGGCUCUGCAGAGCUACGAGUUCUACAAAAAUUAUGCAGAGAUACAAAAUUCCCAUGAAAGAAGAGGGCGGUCGUUCGGACUGAAUAUCACCCAGCUCCACCAGUUCUUUUUCGAGCCGAUUGAACUGAAAAGGGACACUGGCCGUGACCCUAACGCGAACGAUAGCCAUGCCAUCAAACUGCAGGGUAUCGAAGAAGCUGUUGAUGAUCACAGAAUGCAUGGCUACAAGAGGUACAGAACUACGGAAGACCUCGAAAGGGAGUUCAAGGACUUCAGUUUCAGCCGUGAUUACCGUGGAGGCUUCAAAUGCGGCUAUACUCAUGACGCCCCGAUUAUCAAUACGGACAAGGCCAUGGCAUAUCUCAUGGCUCUGGUGAAAUGCAAAGGCGCCAAUUUCGAGACCCGAGAAAUCAAGGGUAAUCUUCGCGAUCAGGGCAAGAGCCUAUUGGAGAUUUUUGAUGCUAAUGCAGUGGUGAAUGCCACCGGCCUCGGUGCUAAAGCUUUACUCGGUGACGAGGACGUUUACCCCGUCCGUGGCGCCAUUCUGAGAGUUGACAACACUCGUAAUGGACAAUUUAAUCACUUGAAUGACGCCUACCUCGUUCCCGCGCAGAAGGACAAUAAUGGGGCGCCCACCGGCGUCGUUUUCAUUGUUCCCCGCAAUGACGAUAUUCUCUAUGUCGGGUCAAUUAUCCAGCCACAUAAUGACCAGGCGAAUCUAGAGCCUGGUUCACCUGAGGUUCGCGUUAUGUGGGAUCGGGCUGGAGAAUUCAUGCCAAGCCUUCGACAUGCUGAGUUUGUCCAUCACUACCCAUUUGCUCAAGGUUUGCGGCCUUUUACCAAGAAGAACGUCAAGGUGAGAGCGGAUACGCGGGCUGGCUUUCCUUUGGUUCACAACUAUGGACACGGAGGUUCGGGCUGGACAUUGGGCUUUGGGACUGCUCGCUGUGCAGUCUACAUCCUAAAAGCGCUUCUCGAAGAGGAUUAUGGUGAAGCGGACGAAAAAUGGAACCAAAAAGCGGAAAAGAUCAACGAGAAGAUAUAUGGAAAGGAGGAUUAG